AACUGGUUUUCACGCGAUUUCGAGUGUCGGUAACUUGUUCCUCUAAUCUAUGGUGUGAGUUAGUGUUUUGUUUUGUAGGUUAGGUUAUCAAUAACAACCAUAAACUCACAAUUCAUUGAAAACUUCAAAAUUAUAUAUGUAUUGUAAAAGUCAACAGAAACAAAUCAUUCAUAAAUAAUGGACACAAAGAAAGUCAAUAUGAGGGAACUAGAAGCUAUUGCAAAGGCUUCAGCCACUUCUAAGGUGAUCAAUACCCUCAACAGGCCAGGGCAGUUGGAUAAAAUUGAUCAAAUCAAGCAGAGAUAUUCACGAAAAAAGGCAUCUGUCGAAGCUCUCUUGAAGUCUGCAAUGCAGCAACAGUUGGAUGGUGUCCGCGUAGGUUUGAAUCAAUUACAUCGUUGUUUAGAAGAUGUUUCUGAAAUAAACAUCAGUGUGAAAAAAAUGUUGGAAUUGUUUGGGGAUGUUCCUGAGCUCUGUAAGAGAUUGAAUGAUGUUAGAGAGGAGAAUAUGAGACACUCUCAAUAUGUUACUGCAAAAGAAAACUUGAAACAUAUCUUCACAGUUCCUGAAAGUGUAGAGAAGACAAAGCAGUUGAUAAACGAGGGAAAACUUUUGCACACUCAUCAGUGUUUGAGAGAUUUGGAGAAUUCUCGGGAUGAUCUGCUAUUUGAAUUGCACAAACUACCUAACCAGUCUGUUCAUGAUAAAUCUAUGCUGAAAGCAUAUUUUGCUGAUGUUGAAGUCUUAUCUAAUCUCUUGGAAAAGCAAUUGACAUUUAUUCUCUCUCGAACCCUUAAUACUGUUAGGAAAGAUCCAACUGUGAUUGUAACUGCACUGAGAAUAAUAGAAAGAGAAGAGAAAGCCGAUGAAGAUGCAGUGAAACAGCAAAAGCAAACUGGCUUUAUUCCACCAGGUCGUCCAAAGAAAUGGAAAGAUAUGGCAUUUCACAUUCUUGAAAAAUCUGUUGCUUCAAAAAUAGAAGGCACCCAAGUGGAAGAGCGGGAAGACAAUAAACACUGGUUAAUUAGAUAUUUAGAACUUAUCAGGAUGACGCUUUUAGAGGAUUUGAGAGUAGUUAAAAUUCUGUGUGUUCCGUGUUUUCCUCCAAGCUACAAAAUUAUGGAAAGAUAUAUUCAGAUGUAUCAUAGAUGCUUAUCUGUACAUUUACAAGAAAUAAUUCAGAAUGGCUUGAAAGGUAAUGAAUAUGUUACAAUACUUUCUUGGGUAAUGAAGACAUACAAAUCUAAGGAUAUGUUGGGUCAUCCAGAUUUAGUAGCCCACACAGAAAAUUUACCAUCAUUAUUACCACCUCUGGUAACUGACAGACUAGAAGGAGAAUAUUUGAAGAACAUUGAAGCCAAUUAUAAUGAAUGGAUGCAAAACACAUUGAAAUCAGAAAAAGAAGAAUGGAGAUCCAACACUGAACCUCAUUUGGAAUCAUAUUCACGUACUGCUGCACCCAUCAUCAUAUUUCAGAUGAUAGACCAAAAUCUUCAGGUUGCCAAAACUAUCAGUGAAGACAUGACUAUAAAAUCCCUCAACCUGAGUAUCCAGCAAGUCAUAGGAUUUGCAGAAUCUUUUCGUGAUGCCAUUAUUGAGUUCAAAAAUAAGUAUUUUGAAGACAGAAAACAGGUAGUCUAUUUUACGCAGUAUAUGAUUGUUAUCGUGAAUAAUUGCCUGCAACUAGUUGAUUUAGGUUCACAAUUAGAAAAACAGUAUAUAUCCAGCUCAGCAUCACAUGAAUUAAGUAGGAAUUUCGGAAUGUUGAAAACAACUUACAUUAAUUUGCGAAGUGAGGCAGUACAAUAUUUACUGGAGGAACUACUUAUCGAUUUGGAUCAACACUUUGACAAACUCUUCACAGCUCAGUGGUUCCCCAUGAACCCCGCUGACACCAUUUAUGCCACAAUAGAAGACUAUUUUCAAGAUUAUAACCGCCUAGUUGAAGCCAACUACAAGUACGUUGUGGAACAGGUAGUGAGCAUCGUAGGAAAACGGUACUUAACCGCCAUGCUUUCCAAGAGAACCUCUUUCAAAACUUACGACGAGUGUGUGAAAGCUGCUCGCAAAGUAGUGGAGGAAGCUGAGCGCUUCAACCAAUUAUUCUCUAGUUUGAGUAAGAAUUUAGAGUGUGAAAAUUCGUUUGAUGCUGUUAUGAUGCUGGCUGAAGUACUCAAAAGUGAUGAUGAUAUGCUGUCUUUUGAGCUCCACAGAGUUGUGGAGAAAUAUCCUGAUAUUUCCGAAGACCAUUUGCAAAGACUUUUGAGCUUGAGGGGAGAUCUCUCAAAGUCUGAUAUUAGAGAUAAGAUCUCGCACAUAGAUAAACCGAAAGUUUUGCACAAAAGUAGCGUUUUCAAAACUCUUGUGUUUCCCAAACUUGUAAAUAUCAAUCUAAAUUUUUAAUAUCGAGUCUGUAUAUUGAGUCUGUAUAUUUGGUAUGUAAAUUUUCAUUAUGCUGCCUAUAAAAGAAUGUUCUGCCAAAGACAAUUUCGAGGGUAUUUAUGUAUACUAUUGAAACAUGUUAUAAUUUAACCUCUCAGUUGAAGUAUUCUCAAGUGUAUUUAUUAUAUGUUUAAUAAAU